GCCCUGGCUUCCUGGAUGGAAGAGUCCCGGGUCGCAGCCCCACAGGGCUGAGAGGAUGGGAAGAUGCGUCUGGGUUAACUGGCUCCAGUGUGGUGCCCAAGUGCCAUGAGAUUAACCCCCUGAACAGACGGCCAGGGGUAGCGGUAAAACCAAAGCAACCUCUGGUCAAGCGUGAGGCCGGACGGGGCCAUGGGACCAGCUCAUCCGGCCUGGCACGUGGAGUGGAAAGUGGGGAGGUUUGGACUGGCCUUAACUCCCUGGGGCUGGACAUUUCCCAGCCUGGGACAGUCCCCGAGAGCUCGGCUGCCAGUGUACCUGCGGCCCUGGAUGCUGCUCCCUGGAGAUUCCCCAGGCUCUGACGCUGUUAUUUCUCGACAGGCGUCUCCCAGCCUCUGUAGGGUGGCUGCCUUGGUGGCACAUCGGGGAGCAGCUCGACUGCCCUCAACUCCCGGAUGGAGCGCGGGGAGGAGCUGCGGGUUCCGGAUUCCCAGGGCCGUGAGGAAGGAGAGAUGCCACGUGAUGUCAGUCCAGGGUCCCUUUGCCCCGGUGCAGGGAGCUACUCACAUCUGUGUCUCAGCAGAUGAUCAGGCGAGCGAGGCAGGGGCUGCCCAGGUGGAUGGGGCACCCAAAGGAGCCCAGCUGGACAUUUGCCAGCGCUCGGAGCGGGUCAGGAGCCUGCGCCGGUCAGGAAGGAGAAGCGGUGCUGGGCAGCAGCCGGAGACCCCCACCAAGCCCGUCCCCCAGCCCCGAGGAGCUCAGCAGCGCUACGUGUGUGCCGAAUGCGGCCGCGGCUUCGCCGUGAGCGCCCGCCUAGUGAAGCACGAGCGGACCCACACCGGGGAGCGCCCCUUUGCCUGUGCCGAGUGUGGCAAGCGCUUCACCCAGAACGCCAACCUGGUGCAGCACCGCCGCACCCACACCGGGGAGCGCCCCUUCCGCUGCGGCGACUGUGACCGGCGCUUUGGCACCAAAGCCGACCUGGCCCGGCACCGCCAGUCCCACACCGGGGAGCGCCCCUUCCGCUGCGCCGAGUGCGGCCGGGGCUUCAGCCAGAGCUCCAACCUGCUGCGCCACCAGCGCUCCCACACUGGCGAGCGCCCCUUCGCCUGCCAGGACUGCGGGGCUGCCUUCGCCCGCAACGCCCACCUGGCGGCCCACUGCCGCACCCAUACUGGCGAGCGCCCCUUCCGCUGCGGGCAGUGCCGGGAGCGCUUCGCCCAGGCCACCGCACUGAUCCAGCACCGCCGGCUGCACACAGGCGAGCGCCCCUUCGAGUGCUCCGACUGCGGCAAGGGCUUCACCCGGGCCGCCACCCUGCAGCAUCAUCAGCGCCUGCACGCCGGCCAGCGCCCCUUCCCCUGCCGGGACUGCGGGGCCACCUUCGCUGCCCAUGCCACCCUCCGCCAGCACCGCCGCAGGCACUCCGGGGAGGCGCCCUUCCGCUGCGCUGAGUGUGGGCGCUGCUUCGCCGUCAGCUCCGCACUGCUCCGGCACCAGCACGUCCACACUGGGGAGCGGCCCUUCACCUGCCACGAGUGCGGCGCCGGCUUCAGCCAGAGCUCGGCGCUCGUCCGCCACCAGAGACUCCAUGACUAGUGCCUGGUGCUCCCGGGCCCGGCAGCAGCAAGCCAGCGCGUGACCCCUGGCGGGAGGGGGAGGUUCUGGGCCCUGGUGGGAGAAGGGUGCCACAGGGGGCCCCCUGCGAGUGGGUGAGGGGAAGGUGGUCUGCAGAGGUGGGUUAAUUCAGCUGGAAUAAAUGAGCCCACAGGGUCUGCGGUGUUAACGGGACCCCAUCGCUGCCCAGUGCUAAGCAGUUCCACUCGGUUCGGGAUUUCCGUCCAAAGACCCCGGCUUGCUGAGCCCAUGGCUGAUGUCCCAGCGAACAUCUACUUAGCCUUCGAUUAAAGCUACCGAAAAGAGCGCUAA